AUGGACUACAAAGGACAACAAUUGGCAGAACUCUUGUUCUACUGGAUCAUAAUAGCGUUUGGCGCUGUGGGUUGGGUUAUCGGUUACAUGCAUCAAGAUUUCUUCAUCGUCUUCAAGUUUUGGCUCGUGGGAGUGUCCAUUUCGGUUGUCCUCUGUGUCCCCGAUUGGCCAUUCUACAAUCGAAACCCUAUCGAAUGGUUGGACUCGGUUCCCAACAGACAAGUGGAAUCGAAAGAGUCGUCGAAGUGA